UAUAAGAGUAUCAAGAACCUCAAAAACAUAGACAACAAACACCCACUUGUCUGUCCUUUGCUCAUUUAGCCUUUCCUUCUUGUCAUUCCUCAUGGCUUUGCCUGAUAAUAACAAAGUCAUGAGAUCCACCAAAGAUUUCCUUACAACCGCUGCAUCUCUCGCUGCCACGGCCGUGGUCGCCCGCACUGUGAUCAAUGAUCUCGUCCCUUAUGAGCUUCGUGACUACAUCUUAUCCGGUAUCAACUACCUCCGCAGUCGAUCCUCAUCUCAUGACCUCAUAAUUGUUAUCGAAGAGAAGGACGGAUACACUCCCAAUCAUGUAUACCAAGCCGCUAUGGCCUACUUGAGCUCGAAGCCAUCAUCGUCUAUGCGGCGAAUAAAAGUGCGGAAACAUGAUGAGGAUAAGAAUUUGGUUGUCUCGCUUGAUCAAGGGGAGGAAAUGAUUGAUGUGUUUGAAGGUAUCGAAUUCAAAUGGUGUUUGGUUUGCUCGCAGCAAGAGAGCUCCAACAAAGACAAUGGAUUGGGCAUGCUUGCUGAAUCACGUUCCUUUGAGCUCUCUUUCAAAAAGAAGCAUAAAGACACUGCUUUGAAUGUCUAUGUACCAUGGAUUUUGGAUUGGUGGAAGGCAUUCCAAGAUCAAGACAAGACGCUAAAGCUUUAUAUGAAUGAAGGUGAUUGUUGGUGUCCUAUAAAUCUACACCAUCCUGCAACGUUUGAGACACUCGCUAUGGAUCCUGAUCUCAAGCGAAGUGUGAUGGAUGAUUUGGCAAGGUUUGUGAAGAGGAAGGACUAUUACAAGAGGAUCGGUAAGGCUUGGAAGCGUGGUUAUUUGUUAUACGGGCCACCGGGGACCGGCAAGUCGAGUUUGAUUGCGGCCAUGGCUAACUUUCUCAAGUUUGAUAUCUAUGAUCUUGAGCUCACUGAAGUUAAUUGGAAUUCUUCUUUGAGGAGAUUGUUGAUGGGCACAUCCAACAAGUCUAUAAUUGUGGUUGAAGACAUUGAUUGUUCAGUUCAGCUUCCAAAUAGAGAUACCUCUGACAAUUCCAACGAUGAAAAGGUUACUCUCUCUGGACUAUUGAACUUUGUUGAUGGUCUUUGGUCAAGUUGUGGCGAGGAAAGGAUUAUUGUGUUCACAACAAAUUAUAAAGAAAAACUUGAUCUAGCAUUAUUGCGGCCUGGUCGAAUGGAUAUGCACAUCCACAUGGGUUAUUGCAGCCCAUCUGCAUUCAGAAUUUUGGCUUCCAACUACCAUAAUAUAGAUGAUCACCCACUGUUUGAAGAGAUUGAAACAUUGAUCAAAGAAGUUGAGAUCACCCCUGCUGCCAUUGCUGAAGAGUUGAUGAGAAGUGAUGAUGUUGAUGUUGCACUUCAGGGACUAGUUGAUUGCCUUCAACACCUGAAAUUAGAAGUAAAUAAACCCAAAUCUGGAGUAGAUGAUGUCGAUAAAGCUGAGGUAAAAGAUGUUGACAGCACACAGAAUGAAAGUCAACAAGAUGGAUGACUAAAAAAGAGUGUCAUUUGAUGGGAUCAAGGUUUGGAAUAAGUCAUGAAAGUUUAUCCUUUUCACUUAUUCUUCAAUUUCAAGAGAAUUUUAUUUUGUUAUUUUUGUGUAUUGGGCCUAUUGGCAUUAGCAAGUUUUCACGUAAGUCAUUAAUUGGAAACUAUUUGUACAUAUUCUUAAUCAUAUUAUAAUAAAAACCAAUGUUUGGUUUAUGAAAAUGAGAAAGAAGUGGGGAUUUAAAA